AUGUUCCGCAAACUGGAGGCAUUAUACAAAGGAGAUAUCUCUCAGUUGGAUGCGUACGUCGGUGGAAUUCUCGAAACAAACGGAGAGGGACCUGGAGAACUUUUCGGUGCGGUGAUUCUCGAUCAGUUCCUGAGACUUCGUGAUGGAGAUCGAUUCUGGUUUGAGAACACUUUCAACGGAUUAUUCACUGAAAAAGAGAUUCAAAAAAUUCGUUCAACCACGCUGCGUGAUAUAAUUCGCGAAACGACGCUAAUCGACGAUAAUGAAUUGCAGGAGAAUGUUCGUUAG